ACGGCAGAGUUUAACAUUCCCCCUGAUCAUCCCGAUGCACACCGCUGCUCUGGAGGUGGAUUCGGGCCGGUUGACAAAAAUGGCUACGGAGUUUCGUACAUAUUUUCCUCUGAGAUUGCUUUGAGCUUCCACGUUUCGUCCAGCUUUGAUUGUGCGAAGACGUCCUCCGAUCGUUUUGCCGGCAACAUUAUGGACUCCAUGCGCCGGAUUCGUGUUCUGCUCGAGUCUGCCCCACGAGAAUCAUUCGGCAACGCCCGAGAAUCCUGA